AUGUCACUUGCUUCAUUGAAUAGUCGAAUGGUGAUGUGUGAAAUCCUAUUUGAUUCCUUAAUAAACUAAGAAUGACUAUCUAUCGGGAUUCCCGUGCAAGUGCCGGAGCAGGAUGACGAUCGGGUAGGUAGGACUCGUGGACCGAAAUGAAGCCAUCUCUGAGUGUGUCGUGGUAGGCUGAGCAGGCAGCCGGCACUCCCGUUGCAUGCGAUGCGUCGGUAUCAAAAGCAAAGCGCCCAACAUUCACAAGCUCACAAGGAAACUGCAAAUGGCGACCCCAUCCGAGAGCCCAGACAAUAAGGCAGAGAAGCUCGUGGUCAUCUACGUCCCGGCGCUGACGAUCAGCCACCUGUUCUCCUCGGUGGAGCUCGGCGAGCUGCUCGCAGCGCACAGCCUCGGGGUCUCCAUCGUUGUCUGCGGCCGGACAGCCGACACGGCCGCCGGUUCAUUUGCCGAAGGCCUCGCGGCUGCGCACCCCCAGCUCUCCUUUCACCUCCUACCGCACGUCACGCGCCCGCGCGACGUGCCUGCCCACGAUCACGUGGCGCAGACCAUCGGGCUCGCCCGCGCCUCCGACUCUGACCUCCGCGAAUUCCUCCGUGUCGCCUCCCCUUCCCCGUCCGCCCUCGUGCUGGACUUCUUCUGCGGCAGCGCCGUGGACGUCGGCGCCGAGCUGGGCAUCCCCACGUACUUUUUCUUUACCUCAUCCAUCUCCGGCCUGGCGGAACUGCUAUACCACGCCUUCGCCUUGAUCCACGAACAAGCAUCUCCUGGUAUCUCCCACCAGAACCUCGGGGGUGAACUUUUGCACGUUCCGGGUAUCCCGCCGAUAUCCGUGGAUGACUUCCCGGCGGCAUGGCACGACCGCGACAGCCUUGGCAACAGACUCUUCCUCACCCUACCCGACCAGAUGUGCAGUUCUCACGGCAUUGUCGUGAACAGCUUCCGCUCAUUGGAACCACGCACCACCGAUGCCAUCGUGGCUGGCCUCUGCACGCCGCCGGGGAGACGUACGCCACCGCUGCACUGCGUCGGUCCAGUGAUAAAGAAGGAAGAGGCUGGCGCGCACGGGCACGAGUGCCUGGCGUGGCUAGACGCCCAGCCGGAGGCCAGCGUCGUGUUCCUCUGCUUCGGCAGCAUGGGCCGGCUCAGCGCGGAGCAGACGAGGCACGUGGCGCGCGGGCUGGAGAUGAGCGGGCAACGGUUCCUGUGGGUUGUGCGGCGCCCGCACCUCGACGCGCUCCUCCCCGAGGUGCGCACCAAGGGCAAGGGGCUGGUGGUCGACGCGUGGGCGCCGCAGCGCCGGGUGCUGGCCCACGGCGCCGUCGGCGGGUUCGUGACGCACUGCGGCUGGAACUCGGUGCUGGAGGCGAUCAUGGGCGGCGUGCCGAUGCUGGCGUGGCCGAUGUACGCCGAGCAGCGGAUGAACAAGGUGUUCCUGGUCGAGGAACUGCGCCUCGCCGUGGCUCUGGAAGGGUACGACAAGGAGAUGGUCAAGGACGAGGAGGUAGCUGCCAAGGUGAAGUGGCUAAUGGAGACGGACGGCGGCGGGGAGCUUCGUGAGCGGGCACGGGCGGCGAUGCGGGAGGCGAAGAAGGCGCUGAGCGACGGCGGAGAGUCUAGCACUGCGCUGUUGGAGCUCGUAAGGCAGUGGAAAAUGUGAAAAACGCAUGCUUCAAUUUGUUUCUGUACUUUGCUUUGCACGUAAAUUGUACUGGUCUCUGAAAUCUGAAUGAUACAA